UUUGAUGCUUGCCUCGCUGACGAUAUCGAGGUCGGCGGGCAGCGAUGUUGCCGAAGAGGCCAUUCUGGACCCGGCUGGAGUGAUGAGAUACUUUGGCAACGACGUCGAAGUGCACAAGGUUACCACCGAAGACGGCUACAUACUGGAAGUGGACAGGAUUCUUCCAAGGUCAACAGGUGGCGCCACGAUAACGCGGACGCCGAUGCUGCUUGUGCACGGACUGCUCGCAGACGCUGGCUCCUGGGUGAAAAACUUGCCUUCGCAAAGCGCAGGUUUCCUUCUUGCAGACUCUGGCUACGACGUCUGGUUAGUAAACACUAGGGGCGUGCCACAGUCCAACUAUCACGUGACCCUGACCACGAAUGACGCUGCAUUCUGGAAUUGGAGUUUCGACGAGAUUGGCAGGUACGACCUUCCCGCUGUAGUCGACUACAUCUUGGACUUGACGGGAUUCUCUAAGCUGGGCCUGCUGGCGAUUUCGCAGGGCGCUACCGAUGUGUUGGUGUUCCUCUCAAUGCUGCCCGAGUACAACAGGAAGGUCUACAGGGCAAGGAACUUUGUUAGGUUUGACUACGGAAUCUUAAAGAACUUGGUCAAGUAUGGACAGGUGAAGCCACCAGCUUAUCCCCUGGAACAAAUCCGAGUCCCUGUGGCAAUCUACCAGGGACAGGGCGACAAAUUCGCCGUUCCCCAGGACGUGGAUGACCUGAGCGAGCGGCUCAAGCAUGUGCUGGUGCUGAAGUAUAUGGUUCCGGACCCAGACUUUGGCCAUUUAGAUUUCCUCAUGGGCUUUAACGCAACGGAUAUUCUCCACAGCCACAUGAUAGACUUGAUCUCCCACUACACAGCUGUCGCUUGA